AAAGAAGGAGCAGCCGCUCCUCUCCCCCACUGACACCAACGAUGGGGCACUAUUCCUCCUCCACACUGACACCAACGAUGGGGCACUAUUCCUCCUCCACACUGACACCAGUGAUGGGGCACUUUUCCCUCCCACUGACACCAACGAUGGGGCACUUUUCCUCCCACUGACACCAAUGAUGGGGCACUAUUCCUCACACACUGACACUAAUGAUGGGGCACCAUCAUUGGUGUCAGUGGGAGGAAUAGUGUCCCAUCAUUGGUGGGCGGGGGGGGGGGGG